UUUACCACUUAUCGUGUGAUUAAUGUAAAAUUAACAAUGAAUUAAGAAAAAAAUAUUCAAUAUUUUUGUGAAUGAUAAAAUAAAAAAUAUUUGCUAUUUUGUUUGUAAUGAUAUUGUCAUAAAUAUUGUGUGUAUUGAUGUGAUGUGAUUAAAGGUUUCGACGAUAUCAACCAUGGAGCAAUCUUAUUAUUUGGAAUUAUGUAGUGAUCCCAUUCGCUUUGAUUCAGUUAGCCAAUUAACAGAUGUAUUCUUCGAUGAUUCAAAUAAACAGUUGUUUGCUGUACGAUCUGGUGGUGCGACUGGAAUUACUGUUAAAGGACCAACUGAAAAUCAAACGCUCACCUUUUGUAUGGAUGACAAAGGACCGAUGCGUUCGAUAAAAUUUUCACCCGAUAAAAAAUUGCUGGCCAUUCAAAGAACAGAGAAAUGCAUUGAAUUUAUCACAUUUGUAAAUAAUCAACCAAAUGUUAACGAAAUCAUUGUGCAUCAAAGUAAAAGUACAAUUGUCUAUGGAUUCGUAUGGAUACACAACAGAGAAGUUGUAUUUAUAUCAAAUACUGGUGUUGAAAUUUAUACGGUCAAUGUGGAGAAAAAACAAUUAAAAUCGAUAAAAUCGAUGAACUUAACGGUGGAUUGGUUUUCAUGGUGUCCAACGGGAAAUUUAGCGGUGCUUGCAUCGAACAAAGGAAUGUUACUCACACCAAUUCUCAUCAAACAGGGCGGCGUUAUCACUAGACUACCCAAAAUUGAAUGGAAAAGUGAACACGGCAUUCCGGAGAGAGAUUUAACGUUAGCAGAAAUAUAUGGCACUUUAGCCAUUUUAAUAUUGAAACCGACCUCCACACGAUUGGUUGAAGUUAUAAUUUAUCUAUUGAAUGGACCAGGUCUUGCUCCAAAAAAAUCCCAUAUUCUUCAAUUGGGCCACAGUGGUCGUUUUGCUAUGAAUAUUGUGGAUGAUUUAAUUGUAGUCCAUCAUCAGGCUUCGGCUACUUCAUUGCUAUUUGACAUCAAAUUAACUACUGGAACGGUUUCAAAUAAUGAUGUUACGUGCCACACACCUAUAACACUGGGAAGACCAAUUAAACCAUUUUCACUGCAAGUUCCAAGCUUGUCGUUGGAUGGUAAAACUAAAAAUUGUGAAUUAUAUUCACCGAAUUGGGUUUUAUUCCAACCAAAUAUUGUAAUUGAUGCAAAAAUUGGUUGUUUGUGGUAUGUAAAACUUCGUCUGGAGUCUCUGUGUAAUUUGGUCACCGAUCGAGUCAAAUUGGUAGAACUCUUACUUAACCGGACAAAUGCAAAACUAGUGUUGCUGGGAACACUGAAAGAGAUGCUUAGCUAUCAAUACAAUGGAAAUCUAUUGCCUGUGAUUGAAAAUGUCUUUGACAAACUGAAUGUGGUUUAUUCGAGUUGGGUUACAACCGAAUUACAAAAUAUUACAGCACAACCAUCAUCUGCCAAACAAGUGGCCAAAACAACGACCGUGCCGCGCGUUCUAAUCGAUCAAAAUGAUUUAUUUGUCAACAUUUUUUCGAAUUUAAGCGAUUCGACCUACAUCGGCAAAAUAAUAAUGUUGUACAUUACCUCUUUGGCCAAACAUAAUAUUGCUGCACAACAUGAUAUUAGCAAGCUUGUAAUCGUUGACUUAGUGCGACGCAAACAAUUUGAUACAUUACAGAAUUUAAUUAAAUUCUCCUUGAUUAAUGAAUCGAAAGUGCUUGCAUGUUUUCUACUUUCAUUAUCGCAUGAGCAUCCAUCUGUUACGCAAAUGGCCUUGGAUAUGCUGCAAAAACUAAACGCAGAAACGAUAAUAAUUGAGGUUCUUUUAGGCCAGGGAAAAAUCGUCGAAGCUCUGCGAUUGGCCAAUUCAUUAACAGGAGCCGAAAAUUUGUCAGCCCGUAAAUACUUAGAAGCUGCAAAGAAAACCAAUGAUUCAAUUGUUUUUUAUACGGUUUAUACAUGGUUUCAGCAGCGCAAUAUUCGUCAGCGUGGCUCCCCUGACUUCCUUAAAACCGAACUCUGUGAAGAAUACAUAAACCACUACCAAAAAUUAUACUGUAGUUGAUUCACUUCUCAUCUGCUCGUGCAAUCUUAACGUCUAACCGUUUGGCCGUGCAUAUUUAUCUUCAAUUUGGACUUUGUGAGUUCAUCUGAUUCGACGCAUGCAAACAAUAGUUUUAACAGAGAUAUAGUAAACAAAAUUAUAGUAUUUUUAUUGGUUUUAACAUUUCAAUCAAAUAAAUAAUAUUUUCACAAUCAA